AUGGCCACCAAGACGCCCGUCAUAGCCGUCAUCGGCUCUCUCAACAUCGACCUGGUCACGUACACGUCGCGCAUCCCCCAGGCCGGCGAGACCAUGACCGCCAACGGGUUCAACGUCGGCCUCGGCGGCAAGGGCGCCAACCAGGCCGUCGCCUGCGCCAAGCUGUCGCGCUCCAAGGCCGCGCUCGACCGCGGCACCGCGACCGUGCGCAUGGUCGGCGCCGUCGGGGCCGACGCCUACGGCACCAUGAUGUCGGCCGGCCUGCGCGAGUUCGGCGUCGACGUCUCGGGCGUGGAGGUCCGGUCCGGCAUGAAGACGGGCGUGGCCGUCAUCAUCGUCGAGGAGGCGACGGGCGAGAACCGCAUCAUGCUGUCGCCCGAGGCGAACCACUCGGUCCGGCCGGAGCACUUCCGGGAGCUGCCGGCCCCGCUCCCCGACCUCGUCAUCAUGCAGCUCGAGAUCCCGCUCGACACCGUCCUGCAGAUCAUGGCCACGGCGCACCGGCAGGGCGUGCCCGUCCUGCUCAACCCGGCGCCCGCGCAACAGAUCCCCGACGAGUACUACGGUUACGUCUCGCACUUUGUCGUCAACGAGACCGAGGCCGUCUUCAUGUCCGGCCGCGACGAUGCGGACGUGGAGACGCCCGAGGGCCUAGCGGCGGUCGCUCGCAUCUUCCAGUCCAGGGGCGCGCAGAACGUCCUCAUCACGCUCGGCGGCAAGGGCGUGUACUACGCGGACGCCGGGGGCAGGUCCGGCCACGUGCCGGCCGAGAAGGCCAAGGUGGUCGACACGACGGCGGCAGGCGACACGUUUGUGGGUGCGUACGCGCUCGAGGUGGUGCGGUGCGGUGGCUCGGCGGCGGAGAGCUUCGACAUUGAGAAGGCGGUUAGGAUAGCGAAUGGUGCGGCUCGAAGGACGGUGGAGAAGAGAGGGGCGCAGGACUCGAUCCCGUGGCUUGACGAACUGGACUCGUAG